AAUGGGGAUAGGGAGCUAGUUGAUAUGGUGGAAGGUUUGAAGUUCCCCACAAGCGGGUCUCCUUACACAUGCCAGAAAAAAAUGGACAUGGAAGAUCAAGGAGAUAUUAAUAUUGGAGCAAAGAAGCACCAAAUGCCUCCGGCAAGUGUAAUGACUAGGCUUGUACUUAUCAUGGUUUGGAGGAAGCUUAUAAGAAACCCCAACACCUACUCAAGCCUUCUGGGCGUUACAUGGUCUCUUGUUUCAUUCAGAUAUCAUAUCCAAAUGCCGUCCAUCAUCAAAGGAUCCAUUUCAAUAUUAUCCGAUGCGGGUUUGGGAAUGGCUAUGUUCAGUCUAGGUCUGUUCAUGGCUUUACAACCAAAGAUAAUUGCUUGUGGAAAAUCCGUGGCAACAUUUUCAAUGGCUGUUAGGUUCUUGACUGGCCCCGCUGUAAUUGCUGCUACCUCCAUCGCAGUCGGUCUUCGCGGUGUUCUUUUGCAUGUUGCAAUCGUUCAGGCUGCUCUUCCCCAAGGGAUUGUUCCCUUUGUAUUUGCCAAGGAGUACAACGUCCAUGCCAACGUACUUAGCACUGCAGUUAUAUUUGGAAUGCUCGUCGCCUUGCCCAUAACAAUUCUUUACUACAUACUUCUCGGCCUCUGACUUCUGGACAACAAAGGCAAGGGAAAGCAAACAUACUUCUGUAAAUCCUUCCAAAUUAGGUUUAGGUGGAUGGAUAUGGCAGAUGCAAUGUCCCGGAAAAAAAUGCUUUUGGGUUUUGUUUAAUUUCCUUCAAUCUCAAAGAUCUUUCAUCAAUGUCGUUUCAUUUAUGUACUUUUGUUUUUCUUCUAUUUAAUUACCCGGUUAUACAUGAGUUAGGUGGUAGCCAGAAAAGUAAUCCAGAUAGACCGAUAGGCAAAGUCAAAUUUGUUUGAUGUACGUAGUUGCGUGGGUUUUUGCUUCACCAAUUUCAAAG